CUUCUCUUUUCUCAUAUCUUAGCUUCCACUUCAUUUCAAUUUUUUUUUCCUCUCUUGAUGAGAGGAGUAGGGAGAUUGAAAAAUACAAAUCAUUUUCUUCUUCUUUUGUUAAGCUGUUAUUUUUAGUGAUGGAGAGUCCUCCAAAUUACUCUAUGCAAUUUCACCAUCACGAAUCGUCGUCUCGGCCAUCUCUUGGCUUCCCCCUCGGGACGGCUCUUCUCCUGAUAGUCAUUUUUAGCCUGAGUGGCAUCUUCUCUUGUUGCUACCACUGGGACAAGCUCCGCUCCCUGCGCCGAUCUUUCGCCCACGCAGACAGCGAUCUUGAGGCAGAUACCAUAGAUCAGCACCUGGAUCCCUCCAAACCUAAGCCUCCCAUCAUGGAUUUAAACAAGAAGCCGAAUGAAAGCUUGCCUGUACUUAUGCCCGGAGAUCUUAUCCCCAAGUUUAUUGCAAUGCCUUGUAAAUGUGAGCCAGCGCGAGCAGAUAAUUUCAUUAGUGUGGAGGUGCAGAGACCGCCCAAGCCACCGCAGACAGAAGAAUCGCCUCUGCCUUAGCUUAGCAAUCUUCAAUACUAUGUACCAUUUUAAUGUAAAUAUAUAUAUUAGUACCUUAUUAUACAACUCAAUUCAUAUCGAAUUUUUUUA